AUGGCAUGGGCUGGAAACUGGUCCAGCGGCAGUGGUGGCUACAGCUGGCAGGGCUCGGGCGGCUGGGGCGGUGCCGGUGGUAGCAGCGGCAGUGGCUACGGAUGGGGCGGCCAACAACCUCUGACGAAGAAGCAGAAGCAGAACCGCAGGAAGAAGGCGACCAAAUGUGGUCAGGAGCGGUCCGACUGGCGGUGGGCGCUCUCAAAAAGGCUGGCUGAGGUGGAAUCGGACCUCAGCGCGGCUUUGCAGCAGGUGGAGAGCCUGACGGCCGACAAUUCCCGCAUGGACGCGGAGCUCCAGGAUGCUAGGAAGAUGAUGGCACAGCAGAAGGCCCAGUUGGACAUGCUCCACGCGUCCAGUCGGGUCGUGGUUUCGGAGCGGGACUCGCUGCUGGCCAAGGCUCAGCUGACGUCGGAGCACAUCAACUCGCAGAAGCAGCGAAUCGAAGAGCUCCGACAGCUGGCAGAGGACGCGCAGAUGAGAAAUGCAGAGCUGCGCGUGCUUCAGGCACAUCACAUGGAUGAGCAAACCAAGUCGGCGGCGGACAAGUUCAAGCUGGAGAUGGAGAAGGGCAUCGUCGACCUGGACCGGCACAGGCGCCUGGUGAGCGCGAUGGGCUCCGAGAUCACGGCCAACGAG